AUGUCACAAAAGGAGAUAAUCUACCUCUCCUUCGGCUCCUUCUCCAACCACAUCUCCACCCACUUUUGGAACCAACAGCAAUCCUACUUUACCUACGACUCGAGCGAUCUACCCUCCGGCUCUACCAGCCGUGAUCGUGACACAGCUCAAAACAACGACGACGAGCCGCUCAUAGAUCACGAUGUAUCCUUCCAAGCUGGUCAGACGCUUUCAGGGCAAGACACAUACAACCCACGCACGAUCAUCUUCGAAACGGAACAAGAGUUUGGUGCGUUGAGCAAACUCAAUGCUCUCUACGAAUCAUUCCCGUCGGAUAGCGGAGAUCGGAAUGUUGCGCUGGAUAGCUUGCAGAGCUGGGGAGUGGAAGCAGAAGUCAUUGCGGCCGAGAGGGUGGGGACGAGCAAGUAUCAGCGUCGGUUGGAGUUGGAGGAUCAGGGUUUGGAUCCAGGGUCCUCCGAUGAUGACAAGGAUGAAACUGAGGAGAAGGUUGUAGACAAGAUGGACCUGGAUCAGCCACCGGCAGUGUCAACAUUGAGAACAGCUAUUCCGCGACCACGACGGACGAGAAGAACACAUCGGUUCUGGUCAGAUUACUCACGGACGUUCUUCCACUCCAAGUCGCUCGUUUCGGUGGGUGGAGAGCUCACAGCUCCCAUGCCUGGCUCGUACAACUCUUCCGAUCCACCCUCGGGCUCAGAUGGUCGUACACGAUUCGAGUCCUUCUCUCAAGGUGCCAGCUACUAUGACGAGCUGGAAGCACAGCAAGAGGUGCUGGAUUCCAACAUCCGUUGGUUCGCGGAAGAUGCCGACCUGCUUCAGGGCUUUCAGUACACCAUUGAUACCUCACAUGCAUUCGGUGGUUUGGGUGCAAAGUACCUCGAGAACCUGGUUGACGAGUACCCUAAAGUUUCUCACCUUGUCUUUGGCGCUGGGUGGGGCAACACCAAUGACGUGUCCGAAGAGGAAGGCAACGGAGCAUGGGAAACGAGACUAGCCAGAAUCCGAAGGAUGAACAAUCUUCAGUCACUAAUACAGUUCAUGGAGUUCUCCACCGUAGUAGCACCGCUAAGAGUGCCGAGCUGGGAAGCAGGCGGUCAAGUAGGAGCAGACUGGAGAAAGUACCUCGGGAGGAUCGAUUUGAGCGAUAUGCAUCACGCCGCAGCCCUUAUCUCCUCGCAUCUGGAGACGGCGACAUUGGGUACAAGGAUGAAGUCUCGCUCCGAGACCCUCUCUUACCUCACAACGCGCUUAAAUUGGCGUAAGGAUACCAAGCUAGUCCAUCUUGGAGGUGCAAUACCCUUGCCCUACCCAACGCCUCUCUCCUCCACCGUCUCGAAUCCGCGGGCAGCUCUGGAUCCAGUGGAUGCGAUGCUCCAAUCCUACGGUUACGGCAACCGAGACUCACGCUUGCUUCAACGAGGAGCUCCGCUUGAAUCCGAAUCAGAACUCGCUGAACGUGGUGCCAAACUCGCUCUCUCUGCUUGGCUUGACUUCUCCCUCCCCUCGUCCCUUUCUGGCGGAGCUUCAAGACGCAAGAAGUUGCUGUACAACAUUUCGCGUCCGUUCUCGCACACCGCCGUCCUCCGCAACACUAACCUUGACGACGCUAGACUCGGACUAGGGAUGCUCGACUCUAUCCUCUCUCACAUCCGCGAACCAUUCGGUCAAGGAAUGUACAUUCCACAGUCAUACAACAUCCUCUCUUCGUUCCCGAACUUCUUGAGCAACCCUUCGGAGCCGAGUCGAAAGCAGAGCAAGCCGAAGGACGUACCAAUGCUGUCGUCGUUAGCUGCCACUCCGUCUAGCGUCUACUUGCUGAAAGAAGCGAGAGAUACAGUGAGAGAGGCAUUGCAAGGUCAUGCACCGUUGGCAGCGUACGGGCUGGAUGGUGAAGAUGCGAAGGAUGGACUGAAGGAGACGAGGGAGCUGAUCGAAGGAUGGAUCGAUGCGUAUAGUGUUAACAACGAUGGUGGUGCGGGGAGUGGAAGUGAGGAUGGGGACGGAGAUGAGAUGGGCACGGAUGAAGAGUAUGAUGUGGAUCAGAAGGAGGAGGAUGGACUCGAUUGGGAUAUGUAG